AUGAAUGUUUUCACGAUAAAAGAUAUUCCAGAUUUCUCCAAAAAAGAACGAAUUGUAGUAAUUGGUGUAAUUGGAAAAUCACCUUAUCGUUAUCCUAAUAAAGCUACUCCACUUUUGCCAAGUAUUAAAUGUGAAGAAAAUGGUAUUGAAUGUCAUUGGGAUGAACGAAGGAGUAUUUUAUUCCUGCAUGCCAUCACAUAUCUGGAUACGAGACAACUGACCUCACUGGUGGCCGAUCUAGACGAGAAUUCGAAGAGCACAGUUAAAGAUGCUGAUGCAGCACAUUGGUUGGUGGCAGCAGGAGAGCUAGCAAUAGAGUCAUGCAGAUUGAUGGCAUUAAUGUUCCACUUAUGUCACAUUGUUGUGCUCUCUCUGCCAACACCUGUGUUUGAUCUGGGCUACUUACAGAUUUUUGAAGCUAUUGAUGGCUACAGAAAUGAAUUAGCAGCUCAGACCAAAGCUGCCUUAAUAGAAGCCAAUGUCGGGGGCAACUGGGAGACCCAUGGCAGGCCGUGUUGCCCGCGCCUGCUUUUCCACUUCCGUAGGGCGCCAACACCUCUACGCAAGGCUCCCGCUGCAUUAAAACGACUUGAACACGCUGUUGAAGACCAGUUGUAUUUUAUGCUAAGAAAGACCAGGAUUAUCACUAAUGUUUGUGCCAAGUCGGUGUUUGCCAUCCCCAAAAAUGAAGAGUUUGUUUACAUAAACACGGAGGAAGAGGUGGGUUGCGCUCGUGACGUCAGUUUUCUAGUCCGAGGGCUUGUCCAGUUAUGUACAGGGGCAGAACCCGAGCCUCCCAGCGAGAGGCCUAACUUCCGACAGUUUCUGCAGGGACACAUUGAUUUAGCGUUUACAGAGGGCUUUGAUGACAACGUCGGGAAGUAUGCCAUGAGUACUUCUUUCUUUGAGUUGCCAAGUGCUGCAACAUGGCGAAAGGCAGCGCAAGCGCUCACGCCUGUAUACCUACAGAGUUCGAAGCCCAUUGAAGAAAAGGAACCUAGCGGAGCACUGUUUGACACAUUGGCCACUGACGUGCGCUUCUCACAGGCGAGGUGUGCUAAGGUUCUACCCAUAGCGCAAGCAUCUUACGCAGAGGGUUUACCACCAUAUUACUCAAGCCGGCAGCAUGCUCAUAAGGUGAGCGUGGCGACGUGCGAACUGGAGGCGAUGGCGCGCGGGCCGCUGCUGGGCGGGGCGCGCGCGCGGCUUAGAGCCGCGUGCGCCGCCGCCUGGCGCACGCGUCGCUUGUGCGAGGCGCUCUCGCUCACGCACCACCCCUGCCUCGAACCCGAACAUGACAGCAGUAAAGACCAUUCAUCGGGCAUACGCUACAUUAGUGCGUGCAACUGUGGGCGGAGCAAGUGCUCCCGCGAGGACCCGUACACGUUGAAACAAGCCAACUACGACUUCUACCAGCAGGCGGCCGAGGAGUGCGGCAUCUGCAACACUUUACAGUCCAUCGAGAUGCCGGUGUUCCAGCCUUCGACGCCUACCUUCAGGGCGGCUUCAGUGAAAGGAUUAAGGUGCGAAGAGCCGGGGGAAGGUGCAGAAGUUGCAGCGGAGGGCGGGUCAAUAGGAUCUGGUGCGUCGGCGGAAUGCGAGGGCUCAGCCUGGUCGCCGCACGCCUUGUCGCCGGGCUCCGCGCCGGGAUCUGCUCCGGGAUCCGCACCGGGAUCCGCUCCGGGAUCCGUCCGGGACGACGAGGACCAAGACGAUCACGACACGACCGCUGCCAGCGACCAGCGGGACGGCUUGGAGAUCGUGCCACUCAGGGAGGACACUGCAUCUGGUGGUGCUAAUAUUCUUACAGAUAAAGUAAUGAGCCGUCAACCGUCAACAACGGAGUAUUUACCUGGAAUGCUGCAUACGGCGAGUCCCGCAAACUUGUUGCCGGCGUUCCCGAGCUGGUCGCUAGUGUGUCUCGGGCCUUCGUCCCUCUACUCGCAUAGUUUGGGUCUGCCCGAGCAUUUGCAGCCCGGCUUCUUGCCGCACACAAAUUAUCUUCUGCCCUGGGACUGCUCAGUGAGAAUGGAACAAGCGAGUGCGUGGCGAGCAUCCCGCGGACGUGGCAAAGGAAUGCCACCACACCACCUUACUGUCAAGAUAUUUAUUGGAUUCGAGUAUGAGUGCCCAAGAGGACAUAGGUUCAUGAUGUCGUCCCCAGAGGGCGCGCUGAGCGGUGGCGGUGGUGCAGGCGCUGCGGGUGCAGGUGCAGGUGUCGGCGGCGGUGGUGGCGGCGGGUGGGCGCGCGAGGCGGCGGCUGGCGCGCGGCUGGCGGGCGCGGCGUUGCCGGUGCGCGCCGCCUGCUUGUGCCGCGCCGCGCCGCGCGCCCCGCACCACGCGCACCACCCGCACCACUCCCAUCACACGCUCACACACAUGGCGCACCUCGCACGAGUGCACGUCGUCACACCCAAGGCGCCAGUGCACGUCACACUCGAUCCCAAGGUGCAACCGGUUAAGGGCGGACCGAUCUUCAUCCCGCGUCCCGUGGGCGAGCCGCCGCUGAAGCUAAGCGCGUCCGCCUACUGGGUGCUGCGGCUGCCCUACGUGUACUGGGACGAGCGCGGGCCGCUCCCCCGCCCGCGUCCCUCUCCCUCCCCCUCCGCCCCGCCCUCCCCCACGCAGUGGGGCUGCCUGCUGCCGCCGCUCUUCGGCCUGCAGGACUAG